GAGCUAAUCAGUAGUUGGGUGACAAUGUUGGCCGCGAGUGGAUCGCUAUUGUGGGUAUGACUCGCCUUAGCUAGCUGUGCUGCGGAAGUGUUGUGGUGUGUGUGUUCGCGAGGGCAAGUUUUUUUUCUCAGUUGCUGUUUCCGAUCCGGCGAAUGAUAUGCGUAUCAUUUGGUUCCGCAUAGCGGAUUGAAUUUAAAUAACGAGUGUAUUUAUUCGUCAUUUUCGGCUGGUUGCCUCCGAACAGUGUGAUAAUGACUCGUGGGAGAAAAAGUGUGCAGCAAUUGAUAGUGGCCGUUGUACCACUGAUGCUGCUGCUGCUGCCGCCAGCGAUUAUCCAAUUAGGUCGAGCACAGACAGUGAUUGGUGAUCGUGUGUAUGCACCUGAUAUCUCCAACCUUUACAUUACCGUGAAUGCACGCUCUCAAACGCUGGAACUUACUUGGCGGAACUUUGUCAGCACGGGCGGGUACAUUGUGCUGACGGAAGACUUUCCAAUUCGUGCCUUCCAGCAGAAAUUGUUUUACUACACCAGCGAUGACUACGCUACGACGAUCGAAAUGGGAACCGGUGCGGAGAGCAGGUUGUUCGAGGGGGAAGGCAGUGGGCAAGACUCGACUAGAAAUAGAACGGACACAACGACGGAGGAACCAAUAGCCACUACGACACAGCUGAUGGAAAUUGGCUGGGAGUACGACUUCCGGGAUGAGUACGGAGAGCGUAAGAAGGAGGUGCUAUUUUCGAUUAGGCCAAUUUACGACAACGGAUGGACUACGACCGACAUAAUCUUCAAUCACGAUCAUCUCGCACGGGCCGAUAUCACCACCACCUGCUACGGGUAUUACGCGUACUUCAUCGACACAAACGGCACCAUCCUGUCGGAGCACUGUAUGAAGCUGUAUCCAACUUGGAUGAACGAUCUUCGGCGGCAUUUGGGCGGGUUCCGGAUGCGUGAGCUGUUCAUCCCGGGAACGCACGAUUCAGCCUCCUACAAGCAGAAUUUCAGACCCAGGGUUGAGGAGAAUAUUGUUACGAAAUAUUCGCUGACUCAGGACGAUGACAUUCGGGAGCAGCUUCUGCAGGGGGUUCGCUAUAUUGAUUUGCGGGUGGGAUAUUACCGAUCAGCGAAUCCACCGUUCUGGGCAAAUCAUGGAAUCUGGAGGCUGCAUCCGUUGAAGAGGGUGCUUAGCCAGAUUAGGGAUUACGCACUGGAGACGAGGGAGAUUAUCAUUGUGGACGUGCAGGAGUUUCCGGUGGGAUUCGGGAAAGAUUACACGAUCCACGACCGAUUGAUACACCUUUUGAACGAGUCGUUGGCGGAUGUGAUGGCCGAUCCCACGAUCAGCUGGUAUGGUCGCCUGGAGGAUAUCUGGCGAGGGAACAAAACGGUCAUCCUGUGCUAUGAUCACGAGUAUGCGAUGCGAUCUUAUCCGCACGUCGUUUGGCGCUCAGCCGAGCAGAAAUGGGGAAACAUUCAACGGAUGGAAGAUUUGAAGAGUUUUCUGUUUAAGCUUCACAGCAGACAUUUUUACGGCUACACGAAUCGUCCGGUGGCCGAUAUGGCGGAACUCACGCCCGACCCCUGGGGAGUGAUCACUGAUCGAUACGGAGGGCUUCGAAAGAUGGCAGAUUCCAUAAAUCGUCACGUCACCAAAUGGUACUUCGAAGAACUUGGUCCGACGGCGAAUAUUGUCGCUGUGGAUUUUAUCCGCGGGACAAAUGUCAUCGAUGCUGCCAUCUACUGGAAUCAAAAGCGAAUUCCAAGUGUUAAAUGAAUAGAGGUUUCUUAGUAAUAAAAUCAUGAAGCGAUGGGAAAAAAGUAAAUAAAUCUGU